GUUAUGAUAGUCACAUGUUAGGACAUAGCAAAGGGAAACCUUUCUGCUGUAACACUUGUGGUAAGAUGUUUUCCUCUGAAGAUAAACUUGAUCAUCAUUUACCAGUACACAACACUGAUAGAAAAGCCUCAUUUACAUGUGAAAGCUGUGGGAAAGUAAGUUACAUUUUUAAAAAAAUUAUCUUGUACUAAACUAUGGUUUGCUGUUGUUAAAACUUGUAGAAAACUUAAGGAAUUCAAUUAUUGGCAUGCUACUAUUUUAAUAAAAAGUAGCAUUUCAUCGUUUUGAAUUAUUUAUAGAUACACUAUUCUGAAUGUUUCUGUUAGUAGAAUAAUAGGGAUACUUUUUUCCUUUUAUGGUAUUUAAAAAUAAUUGUCAAAGCAAAAGCUCUAACAUUUUAGAUUAUUGUCAUCAUCCACUGAAGGCAACCCAUAAUAAAUAUGCUGAAACUACUUAGGCUUAUCAUUAAUUUUUAAUACAGUAAAGUUGGCUGUUGCCAAGAUGGAAAAUGAGACAAUUGAUUUAAAAUACUCUGAAUAAACAUAUUCAUUGUUCAAAUUUACAGGUGUGUGUAAAUUGGCGAGCAUACCUUUAUCAUCUCAAAGCUAAACACACAGAAUCAGGAGGAAAGAGAUUUGCAUGUAAUGUAAGUCAGAAGAAGCUGUUCUAUUCAAUUUAAAAAUCUUUUUAUUCCGUUGAAGUGAUAACUUUCUUUUCUGAUGCCUUUUAUAAACUGAUCAUAUUUGAUUAAGUUAUCAUUAAAAUAUAUUUAAAAAUUAUAUUUAUACGCUUUCUUUCUUUUCUUUUUUUUAAAAAAGAUUUGUGGCCGCCAAUUUCAUACUGGUCAGCGUUUGAGAAACCAUAUGGCAAGCCAUGAAGUUGGAAAGAAUCACUGUUGUACCAUAUGUGGCAAGCUUUUUGAAAGUAGGAAAAAAUUGGACACCCAUGUAAUGGUCCACAAUCUGACCAGCAAGCAUGACCAAAACUUGCAGUGUUCAGAUUGUGGACGUCAGUAUUCAGAGUGGAUAGCUUUCAAGCAGCAUAUGAAGACUCAUGGUGCUGAAGGUGUACAAUAUCCAUGUGGUCUCUGUGAUAAAGUCUUUCCAACUCAGUAUGAGAAGGAGAAGCACAAACGUGUACACAAACAAGUGCAGUGUGAAUUUUGUGAGAGAUAUUUUCGGUCAGCAUCUGUUUUGUCAGUGCAUCUAAGAAUACAUACAGGAGAAAGACCCUAUAAAUGUGGAUUAUGCGAAAGAGACUUUUCACAAGCAUCAGUGCUGAAAGUCCAUAUGAGGACACAUAGGAAAGAAGGUAAAUAUGAAUGUAAAAGAUGUGGAAAAGCAUACACUGAGGUUAUGGAAUUUUUUAAACAUCACAUGGGUCACCUAGAAGAAGGUAAUCUUCAGUGUGAAGAAUGUGGUAAAAUAUUUGAAAGCAUCAAUAACAAAAACAGACAUAUGGCAGCACACAGAGAUCGAGCGGGUAGAAUUUGCCAGGUUUGUGGUAAAGAGUUUGGUAGAAUAUCACACCUAGAAGCUCACAUGUUGUGUCACUCAGAUCAACUCCCUUUACUGUGUAAAGUAUGUGGUAAAAUGUUUCCAUCUGAAGAGGUACUCAGUGCACACUAUGCUAGUCACAUGGGAGGAGAGUUGAGUACAAAUCCAACACUUCCUACUUCGAAGGGUCCUUUAUUUUGUGGGCUAUGUGGAAAGAUGUUUAAGGGACAAUUGUUCUUGAAUAAUCAUAUGAUGAGACAUGAACGUGAAGGACUUGACUCACGGGGUGGGGAUAAUAUUCCUGAUGAAGAUGUGAUUGAAGUAGAAGGGGGAGAUUUUGCCUGCUCUGACUGCGGUAAAACAUUUGGACAAAAGCACCAUCUUACAGUUCAUCGACGGGAGCACACCGGAGAACGUCCUCAUACUUGCAUUCUUUGUGGCCAAAGUUUCACAUUGCGCAAGGUGUUACUAGAACAUAUCAGUGAUCACAAGCGUAGUGGCUUGAUGAUGUACACCAAUCAAGAUAACCAGUUAUUGGCUGGAAUGAAGGCCAGCAAUCCCAGAACUGAUCAUGAAAUGUAUCAGGAUAGUGAAAGUGGAUCAGAAACAGAAACUGAUCAUGAAGAGAGUGAUCAUGUACAAUCUAAAGCUCAAUUACCUCAGCAUCCAAAAUAUGAACAAAGAAUGUCUACAGAUCAUUCUCUUCCUGUUCUAAAUAACUCAUUUAGGGAAGAUACUUACCCUAAACUGCAAGGUACCAUUUUCCCUGAAAAAAAUUAUCCGGGUGCAUCCAACAAUUCCUAUGCAGAGAAACUUUUUAUAGAAACACCAAAUCAUGUUUACCAAGAGAAGAAUUAUUCAAGAAAUAAUACCUCUGCAUUUGUGGAUAAACAUUUUUCA